CGUCCGCUUCAGUUCAUAUUACUCUCGACUUUCCGCGGACGUUUUGUCCUUACGGCUUCGUUAUUUUGUCGGGAAAAGACCCUCUUUUAGUUUUCUGUCAUUGAAAAGACACUUUUUGCAGUAAGUAGAGAGUGCAUUUGGAGAGGAUGGCGGCUAUUAAAGCGCUCCAGCAGUGGUGUAAAAUUCAGUGCGAGGGAUACCGAGAUGUGGCCAUCAGCAACAUGAGCAUGUCUUUCAGAGAUGGACUGGCCUUCUGUGCGCUUAUCCACAAGUUCAGACCGGAGCUCAUAAACUUUGAGUCUCUCUCCAAAGACAAUGUGUAUUACAACAACCACUUGGCUUUUCGGGUGGCUGAAGAUCAUCUGGGAAUCCCAGCUCUUCUGGAUGCGGAGGACAUGGUGGCCUUGCCAGUUCCAGACAGACUCAGCAUCCUCACAUAUGUCUCGCAAUACUACAAUUACUUCCAUGGCCGCUCACCAAUCGGGGGAGUAGGAGGUAUCAAGCGGCAUGCUGAGGACUCAAAGGAGGUGCCAUCAGAGAAGAAGAAUCUGCCUGUGGUUGCCAAAAACCACAAUCUCAAAACAAAUACAGAGAACCGUCCUCCUCGAUGUGAAAUGCCAAAAAUUAUCAACCGUCCUCCAUCUCUUAACAUCCAGAAAAGUGCUCCAGAGAAGCAUGCUCUAGCCACUCCAGCUCGGCAGACUGGCACAGACGGGCAGAAAUCUCCAGGGCCUAAAUGUGUGCAAGCGCCCGUCACACCACUCAGAGCGAGAUCUCCACAACCACACAGAGAAGCUGAGAAGAAGACUGUUUUGGUGGAGACCUCAAAUAAAACGGGUACAUUAAACAGUGAAUGUGCCGUCUGUGGAAAUCAUGUACAUCUGGUCCAGAGACACCUGGUGGAUGGAAAACUCUACCACCGGAGCUGCUAUAAGUGCAGUGUAUGUUAUGGCACAUUGAAAUCUGGAGCAUAUAAACUAGGAUCAGACACUGGCUCGCUGGUCUGCACUAUUCACCAACAUGGCCAAAAUGGCUUCAAGCCCACUGUUAAGCCUUUUAAGAGCAGCAGCUUUACAGUUUCUGAUUUGGUGGCCAAAUCUGAGCGAGAAGAUCAGCCGCCUACACAGCGCUACGUCUCUGUAUUAUCUGCACCCAUCAAGGCUGUUCCUAGACCUGUGGAGCUCAGCCCGGCUCAGCAGGCAUGGACAUCUUCAGCUCAGAGGACUCAAGCAGCCCGCCAGAAGUUCUUCCAGUCUUGUGCCCCAGCAGCAGAGCUUCAGCCUAACACAAAACCACCAUCAGGCCUGGCUGAGCCCUCCAGUCUGAAGGUGCUGGAGAAAGAAGGUGCUCUGGCUAUCGGAAAACGAGUAUGUGAAGGAAACACCAAUAACAACAAUGCACUGAAUUCUGACCCAAGAGCAAAGAGCCAGGUAAAAAUCAGUUGCUCUUCUGCUGAAGUCUCUACCUGGAGGCAGGAGCUACAUGUGCGAGAUUCAAAGGCAGGAGUUCAUAUCAGGGCUGCUCCAUCCAGCCCUGCUAUUAUCAGCAGCAGCGGCAUGAACAGCAAAGAAUCGCUCUACCUCAGUGCCAUCAGCAAGGAGCGCAAACCUCCAUCCCUGCUGCAGACUACCGCCAAAGCUUCAGCCAAUGAUGUUCAGAGCUAUGAUGCCCCGGCUGACUGGAGAUCAAAGCCAAAGGCAGCUCCAAAUGGACCAAGACUCAAAUCAUCUGAUAAUGCCAAAGCUGUUCCAUUGGUGUGUGGAGAAAACAAAGAGGGUUGUAAUAGUGAAUGUUCCUUGACCUCAUGCAUAUCACCCUCUAAGUCCUGUCACAAACCUUCAUCUCCAAAACAGCCUCGCUGCGGGUCGGCGACAUCAAGUUACGACAAUGGAAAUAUUUUAUCAAAUAACAGCUUGCUCUAUGAAGCAAGGUCACCUACUACAAACGCUUGCUAUAUCACGCCAGAGCAGAUCUCAAAAGAGCUGCAAGACAUUGAAAACAACCUCAACGAUUUGGAGAAUGAAGGAGUGGAGCUGGAAUGGAAACUUCGUGUUUAUGAAGAAGAGGGUCAUGGGGACAUUCUGAUGGACCCCUUAAUGGUGGAUUGGUUUAACCUGAUUCGGAAGAAACAAAGCUACAUACGGAAAGAAUCUGAGUUGAUGUACAUAGCAAGAACACAAGAUCUGGAGGAGCAACAGCCGGGAGUGGAGGGGGAACUCAGGAGAUUGAUCAACAAACCAGAACAUCUCAAAACUCCGAAUGAGAAGAAGAGGGAAACCGAGCUGUUGAACAGACUGAUGAAGAUUGUGAAUGACAGAAACGCCAUUGUUGAGGGUCUGGAGGAGGACAGAAUAAGGCAAGGGGAGGAAGAUCAACAGUUGAAUGAAAUGAUGCAAAGACUGGGUCUUCAGAAGUUUAAAAACAAACGCAAGUCAUCCUUCUCGAAGUUGUUUCGACGACGAAGUAAAAAAGCCUCGAUGGGAGAGUGAACUGGAAUGAAGUGCUUCAGAUGUUCAGCUGCAGUUUGUUGAAGUUCAGUCUUCAUCCUGUUAGAGGUUUAAAAAAAACAAGGUGGGACUACAAUAUGUCAGGUGGUUCAGUGAGUUAAGAGUUCUUGAAGGAAAAUGUUUAUUACCACCUUAUUUCAGUCAUGUUCAAAAUGUUUUUCACUUUGAUUUACCUAAUGCUUGUUCUAUUCAUUUACAAUGUUUAAUUUGCUCCUAUAGUUUCUAUGCGUGGGCUCCUUUGAAUAAUUAUUGUUCAGAAUAUACAUUAACUUUUUUAUUUUUAUUUCCACCCCCUCACUUGUUGAGAGAUGAACCGUACCGUUGUAUUAGCAGAUAAACAAACAGAUGUCCAAGGCUGGCUGAAGCACGCUCUUUGACUGAGAUCCAAAAAAUCUGCGGAGCAUCUUAAUUUAACCCUAACCUCCUAAAAGAGUUGAGCUGAACGAUUGAAAGCGUUCAAUGUGCAGUGCUAACAGUGACCUGAAGGGGGCACUAUAAGCUCGCAUGCAUGUGCAUCAGAGUAUCCAGCCUCUUAUUUUAUAUCCUGUGAACGCUAAAUCAAGCUGCAGAUUAGACGGCAGAGGAUCUUGUGUGUGCUGGAGAGGCACGGAUUAUUGGUUUUAUUCUCUUUUUAAGUCUCUAACCUAGUUCAAUUAAAAGUGUACCCCAUUUAACUUAUCUAAGAAAAAUAGUCUUGCAAAGAGGCCUUUUUUAAUGUUUAAAUGGAAGAUAUGACUCAACUGUUUGAAAAAGCUACUGCAGAAGUGUUUUAAGAUGUUUUAAAGUUCUCUUGAGAGAUGCUUAUGCUUAUUUAUUGUAUAUUUGACUUUUAA